ACGAGGAGCUGACGUUGAUAGGUACUAUCUGGGUAUUCUCCAGUAAUUGUGUAACUUCCAUGUUUACAGUUUCCAGAGCAUCAUAAUUGCCCCCGCAUAUCCUGCACAUUCCUUGCCUGCCUACACAUUUUCUCCUAACCUUGGCCUAUUAAAGUCACCAACUAAUUAAUCAACUGACUGUAGUUCCACUUACCUUUCGCCAAAACAUGAUCGAUCUCUUCGACAUCGCCCUAUUCUUUCUGGUCGCAAUAAUACUUAUACCUCGAAUUUUUAGCACUAACGAGAGAACUACAAACACUUCAACUAUUCCCAUCAUGAUCAACCGCAGAGGAGGAGUCACCAUCCCCCGUAGACGGGGUCCUAUAGCCCCGGCUCCGGGCCGACACGACGAACAAGAGCCGUCUACCCCUAGCAGCCUCUACGAACCUAGACCUGAAGAUAUCAUUGAGGUGAAGGACAUUUUGUCCAAAGUUAGCAACAUGCCUCCGGAGCUGGUCGAUAUGAUACUCGAUCGCGCUGAGUAUUGGGCUUGUGCUGCCACCGUCAUCGACUACAGCAACAAUCCUCAACGGAAGAUCACAAUUCUUGGGGCAUACCCAGCUGAGGAUCAAUUCUUGCUUCGUACUGAACCUCUGGGACUGACCAAAUGGUCACGGUCUAACCGAGAUCUCUGGAGAGUCGAGUCUGCGCCUAAACGGCUCAAGAAAGAAUAUGCAGAGUCUGACUUGCAAGAGCUCGUAGAUGGUUCUUUCUCCUCGCUAGAGCAUCCAUUCCGCAAGGUGGUUUUUGACAUCGUGAGUUGCGACCAAGGCUGGAGCGGCGAUAGGGAAAACCACGGACGGUACACCGGUUCGUGGACUUGGUUUGACGUCGGGUUGGAGCGUUUCGACCAAGAAAACGACUGCGUAUCAGAAUGUCCAGAUCAUUUAGGGUCGGAAGACGCAGAGAAAACUCCAAGCAUUCCAACUUGUGCAAUCCGUCCAAUUUGGCCUCCACUAGAAGAAGUCGACGCUGGUGGUGCUCUUAUGCGAUACCAUCAUGAAUUAUUACCCAACCAAGGUCGCCUGAUACAACUGAACAAGCACGCCGAAGGAAACUUUCAGCAUUAUCAUGUCGAGUGGUCUUGGGACGACGAUGUAGAACCAGAAUCGGCAGCAGCGCAAACGUUGGAAGAUGCUGGUCGAGGCACAGGUACUGGAAAUGGUGCAUUCCUUAAGAACUUGAAGCUUGGCGACAUGAUUACUGUCUGGGGGCAUGCCAGAUUUCCAGGAUGGACGAACAACGUCCAAAAGGUUGAGGUCAAGGUUUACUGGGCGUUCUAAUUGCGUCUACUGAGUACGUAUGGUGGGAGGCCUCAGCGUACGGUUGUAGGUCUUUUUAAAGAGUCGUUCGUCGGCAUCCGCAGCCUCUGCGGUUCACAACGGAUACCUAGUAUAACGAAUUCAUCCUUUGCGAUUUUAUACCCAAUUGAGAUGGUUGAUGAAUCAUAAUUAGAGAUGUUAUUAGGCC